AUGAAGAGUGUUCACCAACCCGUUUUCGAGUUCGUCCAUAUCCCCAAGCUCGAGGAGUGGAAUCAGGAUGCUGUAGUCAGGUGGAAGCGCCGCUGGGACCAGUACGUCGACACCAUGCGUCAACGAUGCGUCGAAAGUGGUGAUCGUCCAGAAGUGGCCACUAAGCCAGUGAAAUCGGCAAUUGAGCGCACACCUUUGCAAGUGUUGUGUCUCUACGAGCUACAUAAAACUGUAGGAGAUGUGACGAGCGAAGAUCUGAUCGCUCUCAUUGACUCUAAGCUUGUCGACCUUCGCGAAGAUGACAUUGACGCCAGAGUGCUCAAAUACUAUCGUGAUUUUUCGGCUCUCAUCGAAGAGAAUGGACUCGGGAAGAUUCUUGGAGUAGUACGAAUGUCGCGAGGCGAAGCGCGACGACUUCACGUUGUUUGGCAUAAUUAA